CUGUGACUCCUCAUGGCGGGUCUGCAGUCUUCAGCGAGGCCCACCACUUCUUCUUCCUCUGCGGUUUCGACAUCACGCCUCCUCUUACUCCUAACCAUCCUACCCUUGAUCCUCGCUUCCUUUGCCUUCGUCCUGCAAUGGAGGGGUGGUCUUGACGACCCGGUCACCCGUUGGUCUCCCGACCACCAUGAGUUCCCUGGCAUGGGCACUUCCGCUCCUUCCCUUCAGACACAUUCGUCUAGUUCUGAUUGCGUCAACGUUCUCGGUCAGAGCCAUUCGCCCUCCUUCCCCUAUUACCGGGACUGGAAAUUCGAUUAUGGGUCUGAUCUGAGGCCUAAGAUAUGUAUUACGACAAGCACUUCUGCUGGUUUGGAGCAGACUUUGCCUUGGAUCUUCUAUCAUAAGGUUAUUGGUGUUUCAACCUUUUUCCUUUUUGUGGAGGGGAAAGCUGCGUCGCCAAAUGUGUCUAGAGUUUUAGAAAGCAUUCCGGGGGUAAAAGUCAUAUACAGAACAAGAGAAUUAGAGGAGCAACAAGCUAAAAGCCGGAUAUGGAAUGAAUCUUGGUUGGCAAGCUUCUUCUACAAGCCUUGUAAUUAUGAGUUGUUUGUGAAGCAAUCUUUAAACAUGGAAAUGGCUAUUAUCAUGGCAAGGGAUUAUGGCAUGGACUGGAUCCUCCAUCUUGACACUGAUGAGCUGAUACAUCCAGCAGGAACACAAGAGUAUUCUCUAAGACAGCUGUUGUCUGAUGUGCCUGGGAAUGUUGACAUGGUUAUUUUCCCAAAUUAUGAGAGCAGUGUUGAGCGAGAUGAUAUCAAGGAGCCUUUCAGCGAGGUCUCAAUGUUCAAGAAGAACUAUGAUCAUCUUCCAAAGGAUGUUUACUUUGGAAAUUACAAAGAAGCAACCCGUGGUAACCCAAACUAUUUCCUCACUUAUGGAAAUGGGAAAGCAGCUGCUAGGAUUCAGGAUCAUCUACGUCCUAAUGGUGCACACAGAUGGCACAAUUAUAUGAAGACGCCAAAUGAGAUCAAGUUGGAUGAAGCUGCUGUUUUGCAUUACACCUACCCCAAAUUUUCUGAUUUGACUUCAAGGCGAGAUCGGUGUGGCUGCAAACCUACAAAAGAAGAUGUUAAAAGAUGCUUUAUGUUGGAAUUUGAUAGAGCCGCUUUUAUAAUUGCUUCUACUGCAACUGAGGAAGAAAUGCGUCUAUGGUAUCGAGAACGCAUUGUGUGGACUGAUAGGACGCUUAACUUGAAACUUUUGAGGAAGGGCAUCUUGACUCGCAUUUAUGCUCCCAUGGUUAUCAUUCAAAGUUUGAGGGAGUCUGGCGUCUUCAGCUCUGUAAUUGCAAAAGCCUCUCAAGCAACUAUAACAAAAGACAAUUUCUUAAAAUCUGUUGAGAGCAGCAAUUCAUCUAGGACAACCACAUCAGGGAUGAUUUCUUCGAGAAAAAUUGGCGCUGGUGGCGAAUCCCAAGCAGCUGCAAGGAGGGUCUUGGAAUUCCUAGAUGACUCCCAUCCCUCUGCCAUACCACCAUUACCUUCACCUGGCCCUGAGAUAAUUUGACAUCAUCGCGUAUUAGUUUUAUCAUUCUGACUCCUUGCCAUCACCAGAAUUUACUGUAAAGACGGGUCAGAGACUAGGAUUGUGGCAAGCAUUGAAUAUGAAAAUGAUAGAAGCAUUUCUUCUGGCUGGAUGUUCCGGUUUUUUUGGAUUCACGGGGUUUUUCCCGAUCAUUAUCCAAGCGCUAGUGUAAAUUUGGGGUUCAGAUUAUAGGCAUUGUAGAGGAAACAUACAGAGCAGAUUUUUCUAUAACACCUUCAUGAUUCUUUAUUUUCCAACCUUCCAAUUGGUCUCCUCAUCGUUUCUCGCCCUCUUAUUUUUCCAGUUGUAUUGGCAAAUACUGUCUUACAGUAUUUGUUUAUCAUACACAUUGAGAGAGAGAGAGAGGAUACUGCACAGGUGCUUAAGAUUUUCUAACCUGGUUGGAUUGGAUGAAGAGCACAAUAAAAAUUGUGUAUUACUAAUUUUCUGCUUUUUGA